UUAUAGUGGAUAAGAAUUAAAAACUUUAGGAAAGUUAUUUAAGAAAUUUGUUUAAAGGUUGCAUACAAGUGUCCAACGGAGCUGUUCAAUAAGGUAGAUGUGUGAACGAUAUUCUAAGAACAGUUUCUAGAUUGCAGAGCCGUUUAGUAAAAAUCCAAAUAAAUCAAUAUUUAGAGAAUUAACAAUAUUCGUUUCAAGUGGAAUAAUUGUGUGUGUUAUGGUAGUGGUUGGUAGUAGGAGGAAGGGGGAAUAUAAGAAGCGCUAUGAGCAUCCUAAUAAGUGAAUAUAGUAUUGUAUAUAUGACAUUAUGCCUAUAUGGUUGCUUUUGUAAUGAUCAUAAGCAUAUCUACAAUUAAAGUGUGAUAAAAAUAUGAGAUGUGGUGUUAUUUUCUUUUAAUGUUCAAUAUUGACAACUAAAUCAAAAUCUUACAACUAAAUCAUAAUACUUACAGAAUUUCAACCUGUAAAACUGUAGUAAAUCUUACAGGGUGUAAUACUGGUGUCUGCCAGAUCAGGAUAAACAGGAAAAUUUCAGGGCAUUUAGAUAUCUGCCAAAAAAAUUAGUUGCACACAAAUUCAGAUUUUUUGACGUUUUAGAGAAAAAGUCAUCAGAUGAGUUUUUCAUGUUUCUGGGACAGCUCGUGGGAAUGUUAUCAUUCACUCAAUCUUUGGCUCAAAGUGUUCCAUCAUCUUUAAAGUUGGAGAACAUGAAGUUUACUAUUAUGCAAAAAUCACAUUAUUUAUUAUUUUUAGGGUUUCGUGAUCUUGAUCAACCAGAGUCUUAUUUAAAGAAAAAACUGCAAAUGUUUGUUGAUAUAUUUACUUUUUACAAUGGUUCAUUUGACAGGUUAAGGCAGUCAUGCCAAAGCAAAGAGGAUUUCUUAUCUAAACUUGAUUUAUUAUGUACAAGUUACAUACAGUUUACUCAAUGUUUUUUCAACACAGUAACAUCCAUUUUCUAUUCUAUACCUCGUAUUACUUUUAAUAAGGUCACAUCAAUCAUAUUUUUAAAAGCUGCACGACUUUUAGAAGCUUGUCAAAAGGAAAAUGGUAUUGAAUGUGGUUGCGUGCUUUCUGAAGGAAGAAUGAUUUAUUCACAAAUUCCAUACGAGCUGACACAUCAUCUGCUACUCCUAUACCAACAGAAAUGUCAUUCUCCAAGAGUUUUUUAUCCAGGUAUUGAGUUGCCUUUUGGUGUUUCUAUCCGUUGCAUUUAUGUUACCAUAGAACAAUAUAAUCGGAUUGUUUCUUCAUCUUUGAUGAACUCAUAUAAGAACAAUAAUGAAGGAACUGAGAGUUUUUCUAAUACUUCAGCUGAUCAUUAUUCUUGUGAUACUGUUGAAAAUUCUGUGGUCAACUUUUCUAGUGAUAUUGCCAACUGUCAUGAAAGUAAAAUUUCAAAAGAUGAACCAAGUAACUUAAUUCAAGAUGAUACUAUUGCGCUUCAUCUUUAUGUUCAAAACUACUCAAACACCAUUAUUCUGCUUUUUAUGAACGCUCAAGUAAUAUAUGGAAAAAAAGAGAUUACAAAAUUAUGGGAAUUAUCUCUACCAUGUUUGAAGGAUAUUGAAGCUCAAUUGAAGUCUUUAGUUUCACCACAAAAACUUCAAAAUGCAAGAGACAAGUAUGAAAGUCAUUUAAGUUAUCAGAAAAUAGGUCUAUGUAAAAAUAACCUGAAGAAAAUGGAUAAUGAGGAAGAGUUAAUUAAUACUAUCAAUACAAUACAUCAGCAAUUUAAAAGCUCACCAGGAACAACAGAUAUUUUUUUAAGAAAUCACCGGUUUACAGUUUUUGGUAAGCAAACAGAAACUGAAGAAGUAUUUUAUCAACCAAAUAUUAAGCAACGAUCUACAGGAGAAUUACAAAUAGGAGCAGACAUGACUUGGUUGUUCGAUCUUUAUUCAAACGACAGGCAAAGUUUAAAGAAAAGCUCUAAAAACUAAAUAAAAAUUAAUAAAUUUUAAAUUUUAUUUA